UUUUGCCGGUGCAUAGAGUUGCCACACUUUGAAUUUUGUUAUACAGAGAUGUCCGCCAUUGUCGCGUCGUUCGUCCAAUAAAAAGUGAAAAAUCGUGUGGCAUAAAACCAAUUCAAAUUGUGCGAAUUAGCAUAUACUUUUAGAUUCAGUGCUGUGUAAAUCGAGCGUAAACGUACAAUCAAAAAAAUGGCCUCGCCCUCGCCGGCGAACAGUCCGAUGCCGCCACCACAGGCACCCAGCCCAAUGGCGCCACCCUCGCAAAGUCCUGCGCCCUCACCGCAUAGUCCUUAUGCACAUCAGCCGCCGCCACAAGGUCCACAACAAGGACCGCCUCCAGGUGCACCACACAUGCAAGGACCGCCACCACCCGGGCAUCCACCUGGACCUUAUGGGCAUCCCAUGCAACAUGGCCCACCAGGCCAAGGUCCGCCAGGUCACCACAUGCCACCACACCACCAGGGCAUGACGCCGCACAUGGGGAUGCAGAUGCCGCCAAACGGACCCAACAUGUCACCAAUUGGCUACCAAACACAUGGAAUGCCGCCAAAUGCAACAGCACCACCUGGACAGGGUCCACCAGGUGGUCCGCCCGGUGCGCCGCCAGAGCGUCCUGGUCAGGAGAACUUGCACGCAAUACAGCGUUCCAUUGACCUGAUGGAGGAGAAGGGCUUGCAGGAAGAUCCGCGCUACUCACAACUGCUCGCCAUGCGCGCCACUUCCAAACAUCAGCAUCUCAACAACAAUCAAGUGACUCUGCUGCGCACACAGAUCACAGCCUAUCGAUUGCUGGCGCGCAAUCAACCCAUCUCCAUGCAUAUGCAGAAAUCUCUGCAAGCGGCGCAGCAGCAGCAACAGCAGCCGCCGCCACCACCGCCAAUUGGCGCGCCUGGCAUGCCGGGCGGUCCGCCGCCAGUGGGUCAACCGCCCAUGCAGCCGCAACAGCCGCCAGCAACGGGCACACCACCUCAGUGUCCAACGCCGCCGGCUAGUCCGUACGGACAGCCCGUCCCUGGGCAGAAAAUGCAGCCGGCGCCUCCACCGCAUAUGCAAUCGCAGCCGCUGCCACCGCAGCCACCUUUAAUGGGCGGUGCGCCGCCACCAACGCCGCAACAACAACAUCAGCAAUCACAACAACAACAGCAACAGUUACAGCAGCAACAGUUACAGCAGCAACAAGCCCAGCAGCAGCAGCAGCAGCAACAACAACAGCAGCAGCAGUCGCAGCCGAGUCCUGUGGAGCAGCUGCAUCAUCAACUGCCAAAUGGUGGUAAGCCUUUGGCAAUGUCUGGCGUCCAGCCACUGAUACCACCAGCGCCUAUGGCGCCACAAACAGUACGCCCAUCUGCACCUGGGGCACCAGGCACUCAACCUGGUGUGCCGCCAGUUGGAGCACCACGUCCAGGCGGGCCACCUGGUCAGCAACAGCCUAUGGCCAAACCCAACCGCAUAACCACAGUGGCUAAGCCAGUGGGUCUGGAUCCCAUAACGCUGCUGCAGGAGCGCGAGAACCGUAUUGCCGCACGCAUCUCGCUGAGGAUGCAGGAGCUGCAACGCUUGCCGGCGACUAUGUCCGAGGACUUACGUCUGCAGGCGGCGAUUGAGCUGCGGGCGUUGCGUGUGUUGAAUUUCCAACGUCAGCUGCGCAUGGAGAUUGUGCAGUGCACGAGAAGGGACACAACACUUGAGACGGCCAUCAACAUGAAGUUCUAUAAGCGCACCAAGCGUCAAGGCUUGAGAGAAGCACGCGCGACAGAGAAGCUGGAAAAGCAACAGAAGCUGGAGGCAGAACGUAAGCGCAGGCAGAAGCAUCUUGAGUUCCUGGCAGCGGUGCUGCAGCAUGGCAAGGAUUUGCGCGAGUAUCAUCGCAACAAUAAGGCCCAGCUCGCUCGCAUGAACAAGGCGGUGAUGAAUUAUCACGCGAAUGCUGAGCGUGAACAGAAGAAGGAGCAGGAGCGCAUUGAGAAGGAGCGUAUGCGUCGCCUCAUGGCUGAGGAUGAGGAGGGCUAUCGCAAGCUCAUUGAUCAAAAGAAGGAUAAGCGUUUGGCAUUCCUGCUGUCGCAGACGGACGAGUAUAUCAGCAAUCUGACGCAGAUGGUGAAGCAGCACAAGGACGAUCAGAUGAAGAAGAAGGAGGAGGAGGGCAAGCGCCUGCAGCAGUACAAAAAAGAGCUGCUGAUGAGCGGCGAGUAUGUGCACAUCGACGAGAGCAGCAUUGCGGCCGAUAUGCGCGUCCAUGUGGUGGAACAGUGCAGCGGCAAGAAGUUGACUGGCGAUGAUGCGCCCAUGCUGAAGCAUUUGCACCGGUGGCUUAACAUGCAUCCCGGCUGGGACUGGAUCGAUGACGAUGACGAGGAGGAUGAAGCAUCGGCGUCGCCGGAGAAGAAGAAACCUGAGCAGCAACAAGCGGAACGAUCAGCAGCUGAGAAUGCUGGUGGUGAUGCAGACAAAGCCAACGCGCCAGGGGAAGAGGGUUCCAAGGACGUUAUUCAGCAAGUCAAGGUUGAGGAUGACGAAUACCGCACAGAGGAGCAAACCUAUUACAGCAUUGCGCACACUGUGCAUGAAAAGGUCUUCGAGCAGGCCAGCAUUAUGGUUAAUGGCCAGCUGAAGGAGUAUCAGCUGAAGGGUCUCGAGUGGCUUGUCUCGCUCUACAACAACAAUCUGAACGGCAUUUUAGCCGAUGAGAUGGGUCUGGGUAAGACCAUUCAAACUAUUUCUCUGGUCACCUAUCUGAUGGAUCGUAAGAAGGUUAUGGGUCCUUUCUUAAUCAUUGUGCCGCUCUCCACACUGCCCAAUUGGGUGCUGGAGUUUGAGAAGUGGGCACCCUCCGUGGGCGUGGUCAGCUACAAGGGAAGUCCGCAGGGACGACGGCUGCUGCAGAAUCAAAUGCGCGCCACGAAAUUCAAUGUGCUGCUCACCACAUAUGAGUAUGUAAUUAAGGAUAAGUCAGUGCUGGCCAAGAUCGCAUGGAAGUACAUGAUUAUUGACGAGGGUCAUCGCAUGAAGAAUCAUCAUUGCAAGCUGACGCAGGUGCUCAAUACGCAUUACAUAGCACCUUAUCGUCUGCUACUCACGGGUACACCGCUGCAGAACAAGCUGCCCGAGUUAUGGGCGCUGCUUAACUUUCUGCUGCCUUCCAUCUUCAAGUCGUGCUCCACAUUCGAGCAGUGGUUCAAUGCACCUUUUGCAACCACGGGCGAAAAGGUUGAACUUAAUGAGGAAGAAACUAUUUUGAUUAUUCGUCGUUUGCACAAAGUGCUGCGACCCUUCCUGCUGCGUCGCCUGAAAAAGGAAGUGGAGCACCAGCUGCCCGACAAGGUGGAGUACAUUAUCAAGUGCGACAUGUCAGCGCUCCAGCGUGUGCUCUAUAAGCAUAUGCAGAGCAAGGGUGUGCUGCUCACCGAUGGCUCCGAGAAGGGAAAACAUGGCAAGGGAGGCGCCAAGGCUCUAAUGAACACAAUUGUUCAGCUGCGUAAGCUCUGCAAUCAUCCAUUCAUGUUCCAGCACAUUGAGGAGAAGUACUGCGAUCACACUGGUGGACAUGGCGUCGUCUCAGGUCCCGAUCUCUAUCGUGUCUCGGGUAAAUUCGAGCUGCUUGAUCGAAUUUUGCCUAAGCUUAAGGCCACCAACCAUCGCGUGCUGCUCUUCUGUCAAAUGACGCAGUGUAUGACAAUUAUUGAGGAUUAUCUGGGCUGGCGUCAGUUUGGGUAUUUACGCCUGGAUGGUACCACCAAAGCAGAGGAUCGUGGUGAACUGUUGCGCAAGUUUAAUGCCAAGGGAUCGGACUACUUUGUCUUCUUGCUGUCCACGCGUGCCGGCGGUCUUGGCUUGAACUUGCAAACCGCCGAUACGGUGGUCAUCUUUGAUUCGGAUUGGAAUCCUCAUCAGGAUUUGCAGGCUCAAGAUCGCGCGCAUCGUAUUGGCCAGCGCAAUGAGGUGCGCGUCCUGCGUCUCAUGACAGUUAAUUCUGUGGAGGAACGUAUUCUGGCUGCUGCGCGCUAUAAGCUUAACAUGGACGAGAAGGUCAUCCAGGCAGGCAUGUUCGAUCAGAAAUCCACGGGCAGUGAGCGUCAGCAGUUCCUGCAGACAAUUCUCCAUCAAGACGACAACGAAGAGGAGGAGGAGAACGAAGUGCCCGAUGAUGAGAUGAUCAACAUGAUGAUUGCGCGCAGUGAGGAGGAAAUUGAAAUCUUUAAGAGGAUGGAUAUUGAGCGUAAAAAAGAAGAUGAAGACAUUCAUCCCGGCAGAGACCGUUUGAUUGAUGAAUCCGAACUGCCUGAUUGGCUGACCAAAGAUGAUGACGAGGUGGAGCGCUUCCACUAUCAGUAUGAUGAGGAUACCAUCUUGGGUCGCGGCUCGCGUCAGCGUAAGGAAGUGGACUACACAGACAGCCUUACAGAGAAGGAGUGGCUUAAGGCUAUUGACGACGGUGCCGAGUUUGAUGAGGAGGAAGAGGAGGAUAAUGACUCGAAACGCAAGCGACGCAAGCGCAAGAAUCGCAAAGAAGAAUCCGAUGAUGAUUCGCUUAUACUCAAGCGGCGACGCCGUCAGAAUCUGGAUAAACGUUCCAAGAAGCAAAUGCACAAGAUUAUGAGCGCUGUUAUCAAGCACUCUCAGGAUGGUCGCACCUUGUCCGAACCUUUCAUGAAGCUGCCCUCGCGUCAGCGUCUGCCAGAUUACUAUGAUGUCAUCAAACGGCCUGUGGAUAUAAAGAAGAUUCUGCAGCGCAUCGAGGACUGCAAAUACGCGGACCUCAAUGAGUUGGAGAAGGACUUUAUGCAGCUUUGUCAGAAUGCGCAAAUUUACAAUGAAGAGGCUUCGCUUAUUUACUUGGACUCCAUAGCGCUGCAAAAAGUAUUCAUGGCUGCGCGGCAAAGGAUAACAGCAGCAGCGGAUGCGGCGGCUGCAGCAGCUGGUGACAACACCAACGAUGCGCAUGGGAAUGGUGGCGGUGGCUCCGACAACUCAGAUAACGAUGACGAUGACGCUGAUGAUGGCUCAGAUGAUGAGGAGAUCGCUACCACUUCGGCGGCGGCAGUUAAAAUGAAGCUGAAGCUUAAUAAAUCCUUGGCCAGCGCACCUAGCACACCCACGCAAACUUCCUCAGUGGCCAACAGUGGUGCGGCAACUACAUCCAAGAAGCAGACGCGUCGCAAGCGCUCCCAGAAGAAAUAUACCAUAUCGGAUGAUGAUGACGAUGAUAUGGACUAGCUGCCGCUGGGAGUUGUUUUCA